CCCUUAAAAUUUGUAAACCCAAAGAGUCGUGUGCCAACGCCACUUACUGAAGCAUUCCUUUCUCUCCCACUGUCUUCCCGGAGGGCUUAGCGUCACCGGCCGCCGCCGCCGCCGCAAUGCAAGCCAACUUACUAUCCACGGGUACCCUCACACCUGCGCCUACCCACAACUCUUCUGCACCAAUCUUUAAGACCCGUUUCUCUCCAUGUAGGCCCCGGCAAAGAAAGCCGCCCACUUUCACCAUCCAGGCCGUCUCCGCGCCGGAAAAAGUCCCGCCGCCGCCCCAGACCGCUUCUGCCGCCGAGAAGCUCAACAAGUACAGCUCGCGCAUCACGGAGCCCAAGUCCCAGGGCGCCUCGCAGGCCGUACUCUAUGGGGUGGGCCUCUCGGAUGAUGAUAUGCACAAGCCCCAGGUCGGCAUUUCAUCCGUCUGGUACGAAGGGAACACCUGCAAUAUGCACUUGCUCAAGCUCGCCGAGGCCGUGAAGGAGGGCGUCGGAGCGGCCGGCAUGGUUGGGUUCAGGUUCAAUACUAUUGGGGUCAGUGAUGCCAUUUCCAUGGGGACCAGAGGGAUGUGCUAUAGCCUUCAGUCAAGGGACUUGAUUGCUGAUAGUAUUGAGACUGUCAUGUCUGCUCAGUGGUACGAUGGGAACAUAUCUAUCCCCGGCUGUGACAAAAAUAUGCCAGGUACAAUUAUGGCAAUGGGGCGGCUGAACAGGCCAAGCAUCAUGGUUUAUGGUGGAACUAUCAAGCCCGGUCAUUUUCAAGGACACACAUUUGACAUAGUCUCUGCCUUCCAGGUUUAUGGAGAAUAUGUAAGUGGUUCUGUUAGUGAUGAACAGAGGAUGAAUGUAAUUCGCACUUCAUGCCCUGGAGCUGGGGCCUGUGGUGGAAUGUAUACAGCAAAUACUAUGGCAUCUGCUAUUGAGACAAUGGGGAUGUCCCUUCCUUAUAGCUCUUCCACACCAGCUGAAGAUCCUCUGAAGUUGGAUGAGUGCCGCCUUGCUGGCAAGUAUCUUUUGGAUUUACUAAAGAUGGACUUGAAACCCCGUGACAUCAUUACUCCAAAAUCACUGCGAAAUGCUAUGGUAAUGGUCAUGGCACUAGGUGGAUCAACUAAUGCUGUUCUACAUUUAAUUGCUAUUGCAAGGUCUGUUGGGUUGCAACUACAUCUUGAUGAUUUCCAAAAGGUCAGUGAUGAGGUUCCUUUCCUAGCAGAUUUGAAACCUAGUGGAAAAUACGUCAUGGAGGAUUUGCACAAGAUUGGAGGCACACCUGCUGUCAUUCGCUACCUAUUGGAGCUUGGGUUGUUAGAUGGUGAUUGCAUUACUGUCACAGGAAAGACCCUAGGUGAAAAUGCAAAGCUAUUCCCUUCUUUGGCAGAAGGUCAGCAAAUUAUAAGACCUUUGUCUAACCCCAUCAAAGAAACUGGUCACAUUCAAAUAUUGUAUGGCAAUCUUGCACCGGAGGGCUCUGUUGCAAAAAUAACUGGAAAGGAAGGACUGUUUUUCUCAGGUCCUGCUCUUGUUUUUGAAGGAGAAGAGUCCAUGAUUGCAGCUAUCUCAGAAGAUCCAAUGAGUUUUAAGGGGAAAGUAGUAGUGAUUAGAGGGGAGGGUCCUAAGGGGGGACCAGGCAUGCCUGAGAUGCUGACACCAACCAGUGCAAUAAUGGGAGCCGGUCUAGGAAAGGAUGUUGCAUUGCUUACGGAUGGAAGAUUUUCUGGAGGUUCCCAUGGAUAUGUUGUUGGACACAUAUGUCCCGAGGCGCAGGAAGGUGGUCCAAUUGGUCUUGUUCGAAAUGGAGACAUAAUUACCGUAGACAUUCAGAAAAAGAGGAUGGACGUCCAUUUAACAGAUGAGGAAUUGGAAGAGCGACGGAAGAAUUGGAGCCCCCCUCCCUACAAGGCAGACAAAGGGGUUCUUUACAAGUACAUAAAAAACGUGCAGUCUGCAUCAACAGGAUGCGUGACUGAUGAGUAGAGGCGCGGUUUAUAUUCGGUGCGUAGUAAAACAAUGAACCCCCGAGUCGUUAGAGGAUUUGAGUGAGGCGUUUGUGCGGCUUAUUUAGGCCUCCAUGAUCCAUAGAGGGUUACGAUCAUCUCGUGCAAUUGAUGUAAUGGCUUGUUCUGGAAUUGCAGAACCUGAAUCUUGUUUCAUCUUUGAUGUUAUGUAAUGUUUUUUUGUUUUGUUUUGUUUUUUUUUCAAGGGUAAUAAACACAAUCACUGUCGCAAUUGUUUUAUGCCAAAGACAAUAUUCUUUCUUCUUCUUUUA